ACAGACAUUGAGCCUCCAAGACCAUCACCUUAGAGAAGUGAUGGAGAGCAAUACUGAGCAGAUGGCUGAGGUUCAGAUGGGAGAGGAUUCUGGGCCCUGGGAAAGGCAGUGAGUGGAUGGUGGGAGCUUCGGUAGAGGCAACUCGGCUGAAUGAUGAGAGCAGAACAGUGUUCUGGAAGCAGCACUGAGGAGCAAACAGGGAGAACAUUUUCCUUCUCUCUGAUUUUCUGCUGGAAAAGUGAAAUUAAAAUUACUGAAGGAGCAACUUCAAGGACCAGUGAAACAACCACUAAAUUAUAAAAUGGCAAAUUCUUCUGAAAGUAACAAACCCAAGAUAAAAGGGCAGGUUUGCGGGCAGUGUGAGAAGAAAGCUGCUCUGCUAGUAUGCCUUGAAUGUGGAGAAGAUUAUUGCUCAGGCUGCUUUGCUAAAAUCCACCAGAAGGGGGCACUGAAACUCCACAGAACAACUCUUCUGCAGGCAAAAUCGCAAUUAUUAUCCAAUGUAUUGGAUGCUGCCCAUCAGUUUAUAAAGGAAGUUAAUCCAGAUGAACCCAAAGGGGAGAAUCGGUCCACAAAAGAGAUUAGUAAAAGCCGGCAGAAAACCACGCUUCCUCUUCUGCAGGGGAGCAGCUCUCAGGUAGAAGAUCCAGCAACAAAAAAAGAAGAAUGUGCAAAUCCAAGAGACAAGCCCUUGUGUGAAGUGCCUUUCAAUGAAGAAGCUUCUGCCCAAUCCUUUCAGAAAGUUUUAAGUCAGUGGAGAAAUGGACAUCAUAACAGUGAGACACAGAACUUACAUGCAGCAAAAUCAGAUUCAUUGGAAGAAUGUGAAGUACAAACUAAUCUGAAAAUUUGGACAGAACCACUUACUAUUGAAUUUAAGGAAGAUAGUCUAUCUUACAUGGAAAAAUUAUGGCUUAAAAAACACAGAAGAACUCGACUGGAGCAACUUCAAAACAUGCUACCGGACACCUUCAUACCUCAGUGUAAAACCACUAGUGAGGCACAAUGUUCUCAGAAUGAAAAUGAUGAAGGUAGUGAUGUUGAGGAUAUCAAGAUGCAAUCCCCAGCUCUUUUUCUGUCAAUAGAAGAAUUAAACAUAGAUAGACCUGAACCAGCUCUAAAAAUAGUUGAACUGGAUGACACUUAUGAAGUGGAAUUUGAAGAACCAGGAAAUGCUGUGCCUUAUAAAGUUGAGUUAGCAGAUGCAGACAGUCAACAAAGUCACACAUUUCAUGAUUAUCAGAAUGCUUUUCUGUAUGAAAAUGACAUCCAUCAACAUCAUGUAUUCACCAAGAGAAAAUCUGACCUCUUCCACCUUCUGAGUAACAACUCUUUUUUUUGUAAAGAUAACUCAAAAGCAGGAACUUCACAUGCAGAUUUUGAUACCUUUGUGGAUCCUGAUGCAUACACUCCUGCUAUUGAAAAAUUAGAGGAAAACAGCUUUUUUGAGAAAAAUUUGAAAGAGAAAGGCAUAGAUAUAGAAAGUAAUAAAAAACAUGACGAUUCCCACAUAACACUUGAGAGCAAGGAUUCUUUGCCAAGUACAGAUUUAGAAAAACCCUGCAUUAAGGAGAAAUUAUCUCAAGAGGACAAGAACUCCUUGGAAUUCAGCAAGCUGCAUGAGAGGCCAAACUUUGAAGAUUCUAAAACUACAGAGUCACCACUGUCGUUACAAGAAGUGGCCCUCAGGAGUAAGCCCAUAACUGAACAAUAUCAAGGACUUGAAAGAUUCUUUGUUUUUGAUAAAAAUGAAAGACUCAACUUACUUCCUUCUCAUAGCUUAGAAUGCAGCUCCUCCAAUACUAGGAUUACAGUUGCAGGAGACAGAGAAUGGAUCCCAGACCACAGUGUAAGUGCAUGUGCUGAUAACACAGUUGCCUUGGGUGUUCUGAAGUUUUCCCAGAAACUAUCAGCAAGGAGAACACAGCUAAAGACUGGCCAGAUAUCACAGAGACCUUCAACAGCAAAUUUACCACUUUCCAACUCUGUGAGAAGUUCCAGUUGCUUUUCUUCUUCUCAUCCCCGGUCAAGAAGUGCAGUUGCUCAGUCACUCUCUAAAGCUGCUUCUGAAAUUUCAGAAAUUGAAUAUAUUGAUGAUACUGACCAUGACGAGCCUUUCUUAGAUGACACUGAUGAUCAGCAGACCUUAGACAGUUUGGAAAAAGAAUUAAAUGAGCUGAGAAAUCUUGCAGAUCCUUCAGAAAAGCUCUACAGCCUAUCCUCAGAAGAGUUACCAGCCUUCAACAACCAUUUGCUGAAUACAAGUCAGACCACCCUAGAUUUCCUUAAGGCCUCAUGUGCAAGGGGUCUCUGUGGAUUUGAGGAACAGAGCUCUUCUGAAAAGGAUACUGGAAUCCAAUCUUUGCUAACAGUUUCUGAAAGCAGUACGGACGAAGAGGAAGAAGAUUUUCUUGACAAGCAACAUGUCGUUUCACUCCCGUGGUCAAAGAGUACCUAGUGAUCAUUCAUUACUUUUUCCAUUUUGUACCUAGAGUAAAGCAAACCUGAAAAAAGUUAUCAAGUGAUUACUUGUCCAGGUGAUAGAGAGUUUUGAUUAUUGUCUCUAAUAUUUCAAGGUUUACAGACUAAUAAAAAUUAGUGAUAUUAUAA